GAAGUCAACCCCGAUGGAGCAGUCGGUCAGAUUGGCCAAGCGGUCAGCGGCCCUUUCUCCAAGGACGGCGUGAAUGGAAGUCGGUUUGAUGCUGGCAAGGAUGGGAUUGUAGGACAUUUUGAGCGCGCGUUUGAUGGGCCUAGUAAUCCUGCUGGGAGUGGGAAGAAGGUGUAG